AUGGCUAUCCCCGCAACAUCUGGUUCCAAUAGUACCGCAGCCAACAGCGGUGAGUCGUCCACUAAUGGUAUUGGCACCACCGGUCCCAUUGCCACAUCCACGGUUGACGUCAAGUCGUCCAUUCACCGGUUCAAAUGCGUUUGCUUUGACAACCAGCCGUCCUAUUUCGAGAUCAUUUCAUGCUAUGAUCUCUCGGAUACGGAAAAGGAAGCGGCGUGGUUUCAACAAGCAGAGCUGCGAAGCAUACAAGCCGCGGCCAUGGACCCUGAAUCCCAGCAGCUGUCGGAAGGAGAAGAUCCCGGUUCCUUGCGAGGACUGGAGCGAUACUCGACGGCCGGUUCUACUCGCUUGGAAAUCCAUCGAAUCCAAGUGGUAGCCGCUGUAUUACGAGAACAACAACGACAGCGAACGAGCUUCCGCCUGGGCUUUCGAAAAGCUGACGAAUUGCUGGCGGAAGCUUCCGCAAAAUUAUCUCAAGAGUGUCAAGAUUUGGCCUACAUGCAAGGGUACAAUGAUGAAGUCGAAGCCUAUGCUGGUUCUUGUGCCGUACAGACCGACGUGGUCGAUAUCCCAAAGCCCAGUUUCUUUGGUGGCCUAAGAAAACAGGUGCGGGCGCUGUCUGAUUUGGCCUUUUUGGAAAGCCAAAGCAGAGGGAAACGAUGA